AUGACCUUAAUUUUUUGUUUUAAUAAAGAAGAAAUUUUACAAUUGAAGAAUAAAUUAGAACAAAACCAAAUUAAUAAUAUUAAUUUGGAUGAAGAAUAUAAACCAUUAUUUGAAUAUCCGGAAUAUUUGGAAGACUAUAAUUAUAUUACAAUAGAUCACGUACUAUAUAAAUAUUGUUUAGGUUUAUUGAUUCCUCAUAAAAAAUUAUAUGAUAUUAAACCAAUAUUUCAUCAAUCAAUUUUACGUCAAAGUAAAAAUAUCAAAAAAUUGGAUAUUUCAACAUUUUUAUUUUAUAGAGAAUCAUUUAAAAAUUUUAAUGUUCAAAAUUUCACAUCAAAUUUAACGAGAUUAAAUUCAUUAUCAUUAAAUUUAAAUGAUACUAGUAAUAAUAUUGAACAAGAAUUUUUAAGCAAUAUGGCAACGAUUAAUUUGCAAGAAUUAAUAAUUAAUUUUUCCAGUCAUGUGAUCGUUAUGGCUACCUUUGAAAAGCCUUGUAAAAUUAUUCAAGAGCAAAACAAACUUAAAAAAUUUAAGAUAUUGAAUUGUUAUUCUUUAUUAAAUAAUAUUCUUUUGUCUUUAGAAUUUCAAAAGAAUUCUUUAGUUCAACUUGAAUUUAUAAAUUCUAACUUUGAUAAUGCUAGUUUAAAAAGUUUUAAUAAUUUAUAUAAUUUAAAGUAUUUAAGUUUUACAACUUGUAAAGGUAUAUUAUUAGAUCAAUGUGAGAUUUUAAAAUUUGUUCCAUUUAAGCUCAAGGAAUUAUCAUUUUUACGUAAUAGUUGGGAUGCUAAUGUCACACCAUUAAUGAUCAAAUAUUUAGGUUCAUCAUUACAAAGAUUAUUAAUUAAAAAUCCGACAAUACUUUCUAUUGAACAUAUAUCAAUGUAUUGUUCAAAUCUUAUUUCUUUAAAAAUAAGAAUUGAUAUCCAGUUUAAUUCUUCAGUGUUACCAUUUUUUAGAAAUUUAAGAACAAAGAUAUUAAAUCUUAGUAUUAUUAAAUAUGAUACUGAAUUAUUUAUAAAUUUAUCAAAUAAUAUACCUAUUAAUAUUAGUAAAAUUUCCAUUAAUUAUUAUAGUGCUAAUAAGUAUUUCAGAUUUAAGGAAUUUUUAGAAAAUUGUCAUAAUAAGUUUGAAAUAAUUAAUUUAAAUUAUAUUGUUAAUUCAAACUUUCUUAAAAUUAUUUUAAAUUAUAUUGAAAGAAGUAAUAAUAGUAGUUUAAAAAUUCUUGGUUUGAAGGAUUUGGAUGGAAGAUUGAAUGAUGAGAAAUCAAUGUUAUUGAAUAGUAUUAAAGCUAAAGGGAUUAAAUUAAUGGAAUUUCAUAAUUUAAAUAAUGAUUGUGGAGGCAUAAGUGGAGGCAUAUAAUAUUAGUAUUAGAGUUUAUAGGUUAAUAUUUAGCUUUAGGGUUUAUUUUUUUAUUUUUUUUUUAUUUUCUUAUAAAUAAAGCCAAACAUUUUAACAUU